UGCGAAAUGCGAAAUAGGGUGAUAAACAAAAAAUCCAAAAUGGCGGCUGUGAUUGGCGAGACUACUACAAAUGGAGCGAGCGCUGAUCCGUCUAGAAGGGCAGCAACACAGCAAAUGAAUCCUUCAGAGUUUAGCCGACCGGUAAAUCUACAGAGAAUAGCUCAAAGAAAGGCUCAAGUCAAGACAUAUCCGCGUCGAAAGAAACUGGAAAAACUAGGGGUCUAUUCCAGCUGCAAAGGAGAGGAUACUUGCAAAUGUAAUGGAUGGAAGAACCCCAACCCCCCACCCACCCCUCCCCGGCUAGACCUGUCUCAACCGCUGGCCAGCCUGAAUGACCCGUGUCGCAGCUGUGGACACUCUCUGGGACUCCACAUUUCCCAACUGCAAAGCAUAUCUGAGGAUGAACUUGACAGGUUACUCUGUAUGGUGGUGGAUGUUGAGAACUUGUUCAUGUGUGUUCACAAGGAAGAGGAUGCGGACACAAAGCAAGUUUACUUCUACCUGUUCAAGCUUUUACGAAAGUGCAUUUUACAAAUGUCAACGCCCAAUGUUGAGGGCCAGCUUGGCACACCUCCAUUUGAAAAGCCAAGUAUUGCCAAGGCUGUUAUAAAUUUUGUCCUUCACAAGUUUGGCCACUUGCCUCAGCGGGAAUGGCAAAUAAUGCAUGAUUUGGCCAAAAUGUUUCUUCACUGUUUGAACCACUGGAAAUUAGAGACAGUAGCGAUGCGAAAGCAACACGCAGAGGCUGAGCACAUUGCCGCAUAUAAACUAAACUACACAAGAUGGCUUUGUUACUGUCAUGUGCCAGUCUUCUGUGAUAGCCUCCCAAAGUGUGACACAACAGCAGUGUUUGGGAGGACCCUCUUGAGAUCUGUGUUCUCAGUAAUGAGGAGUCAACUCUUGGAGAAGUUUAGAGCUGAGAAGGACAAAAUGCCUGCAGACAAGAGGACUAUUGUGCUCACUCAUUUUCCAAGGUUUUUAUCCAUGCUUGAAAAGGAAGUUUAUGGUGAGAGUUCUCCAAUUUGGGAUGAUGACUUUACAGUUCCACAGUCUUUGAUGGCAGCCAGAGCAUCUUCAACACCUGUUGUCACUAUCAAUGCUGAAAGUGGGGAUUCACAAACUGGUUCAUCAGCAGCAACUUUGCCAUCAGGAUUAAAUAUUUUGUCUUCAAGUUCACCAACAUUCGAAGAGCUCACUUGUGUAAAGAGAUCUCAUGAUGAGGAUGUGACUGCUGCCCCUUCAGAGAAGAAGCAAAAGCUUGCGGGUGAUGUACCUCUUGAUGUCCUAAAGCAAGUUGUGGAGACAAUAAGUGACCCUUCGGCUAUGAUAGGUCCAGAGAGUGGCUUAUACCCGGGAGCCCAUAGUGCACGUGAUGAGCAUGCGCGCUGCGAGGAGAGACGAGGCGUUAUUGAGUUUCAUGUUGUUGGCAACUCCCUUCGGCGGAUGCCUUCUCGUCUGACCCAACAAUGGCUGGUUGGUUUGCAGAAUGUCUUCUCAUAUCAGCUCCCGCGCAUGCCCAAAGAAUACAUCACAAGACUUGUGUUUGACCCGAAACACAAGACGUUAGCUCUUGUCAAGGAUAAUCGUCCGAUUGGUGGAAUUUGUUUUCGGAUGUUUCCCACACAAAACUUCACUGAGAUUGUAUUCUGUGCCAUCACUUCAAACGAACAAGUCAAGGGUUACGGCACACACCUCAUGAAUCACCUGAAGGACUAUCAUAUCAAACACGGCGUACUGAACCUGCUAACCUACGCUGACGAGUAUGCCAUCGGCUACUUCAAGAAGCAGGGCUUUAGCAAAGAGAUCAAGAUCCCCAAGGCCUCAUACACGGGUUACAUUAAGGAGUACGAAGGCGCCACACUCAUGCACUGUCAGGUCAACAGCUGUAUUCAAUACACCGAGUUCUCCACCAUAAUACGAAAACAGAAAGAGAUCGUCAAGAAACUGAUGAGCCGAAAGCAGGAGCAGAUCCGUCGCGUGUACCCAGGGCUGACGUGCUUCAAAGAGGGAGUCCGACAGAUCCCAGUCGAGAGUAUUCCUGGAAUAAGUGAGACUGGCUGGCGAUCGAGUAUGAAUAAAAGCGUCACCAAAGAAGCAGAUCCAUCAGUUUUACAAACGCAACUCAAGAACAUCCUGACGCAAGUCAAGAAUCACGCCAGUGCCUGGCCGUUUCAGAAGCCUGUUGAACGCGCGGAAGCUCCGGACUAUUACGAACACAUCAAGUACCCCAUGGAUUUAAAGACGAUGACAGAGCGCCUUAAAAGUGGCUAUUACAGUUCGAAGAAGCUCUUCGUAGCAGACAUGCGCAGAAUCUUCCAGAACUGUCGCACGUACAACUCGCCCGAUACGGAGUAUUACAAGUGCGCGAACACUGUUGAACGGUUCUUCCUUAGCAAGAUAAAGGAGCCGGGAAAAUGAGGGCACCGUUGAACGGUUCUUCGUUAGCAAGAUAAAUGAGCCGGAAAAAUAAGGACACUGUUGAACGGUUCUUGCUUAGCAAGAUUAAUAAGGAGCCGGGAAAAUGAGGGCACCGUUGAACGGUUCUUCCUCAGCAAGAUAAGGGAGCCGGGAAAAUUAGGACACCGUUGAACGGUUCUUCGUUAGCAAGAUUAAGGAGCCGGGAAAAUAAGGACACCGUCGAACGAUUCUUGCUUAGCAAGAUUAAGGAGCCGGGAAAAUAUGGACACCGUUGAACGGUUCUCUCUUCGAACAAUCACAGCCGUUUUUGGUUAUCCAAAUAUGGAAAGUGCAAGUUUCUUUUGGAGGCGGGAAAACUGUGCGGACUUUUUAAACUGUUGAUUCAGAUCGGAAACAUGAUCUUACUCUAUAGAGUAAGAGACUCUCGAGUCACGGGUUGCGAAAUCGCAAAGCAGAUUUGUGUAUUUAUUUCAAAAUCAACUUCAAUAAAAUAAUAAUUGGAAGGAA